UUCUUUUGGAUUUCUUUUCGUUGCGUUUCGUUUCUCGAAUUCCUUCCUUUGUUUCUGGUUUUCUCUGGUUUUGGAACAUUUUCUCUGGGCCUCUCUCGUUAGGGCAAAACCAUGAACAUCUUCAGGCUCGCCGGUGACAUGACCCAUCUUCUCAGCAUUCUCGUCCUCCUCCUCAAAAUCUACGCCACUAAAUCAUGCUCAGGGAUUUCCCGCAAGACUCAAGAACUGUACGCAAUUGUGUUCAUGGCUCGUUAUUUGGAUCUGUUCACGGACUUCAUCUCCGUUUACAACAUCUUCAUGAAGUUGAUUUUCAUUGCCAGCUCCUUAGCCAUUGUUUGGUGCAUGCGUUUCCACCCCGUGGUCCGGAGAAGUUACGAUAGGGAACUCGACACUUUUCGAUAUUUUUUUCUUGUUGGGGCCAGCUUUGCCUUGGCACUCGUCUGGCACGACAAGUUCACCCUUCAAGAGGUUUUCUGGGCAUUUUCAAUAUACUUGGAAGCAGUUGCAAUAUUGCCCCAGUUGGUUUUGUUGCAAAGAAGUGGAAAUGUGGACAAUUUGACCGGGCAAUAUGUAUUCUUUCUUGGUGCGUAUCGUGCAUUUUACAUCCUGAACUGGAUAUACCGCUAUCUGACCGAGCCACGAUUUACUAGAUGGAUUGCUGGCAUAUCGGGUGUUGUUCAGACAGCUUUAUAUGCAGAUUUCUUCUAUUAUUACUUCAUCAGUUGGAAGAACAAUUCGAAACUGAAGUUGCCUGCCUGAAUUAUGUCAAGUUUGUUUUGGAAUUUGGACCCGGUGAGGUGAGACCAGUCAGUGCUAAAUUUUAGAGCAUGGUUUGGAUGAUGUUGAGGUUGAGAAACGGUAUAGACCAACUCUUCUCCCUGUUCUUUAGUGGGGUAAGUGGGUUUUGUUUUUCUGGUACAAGGGUAAACGAACGGGUUUUAACUUGUGAUAAAUCUAACCAUCGAAGCAAUUCAAGUAUAGGUUAAAAUGGAAAUGUUAUGUGGCCAUGUUUUGUA